AUGAUAUUACACGUCGAUCAGAGUAGCAAGAUCAUCGGACUGGCCACCAAUGGCUGGGUCAAACACACCUCUGAGCUGCAGAUUCCGCGCCAGGAUACCGUCAGAUUGAUCACCCCAACCAACAAGAUCAGCGGACAUCGAUCAACAACCAACAAGUCAGAUGAACGGCCAGAGGAUCUAGAGGAUGGAGAGGAACAGGACGAGAGCGGCGAGGUCUUCAGCCUCCAGUUCCUACCCGAUGGACGGACGUUGACCAAGCUGGUCUUGGAGAAACUCGCCCUCCUCUCAAUCAUCCCGUCCACCGUCCUCAAAGUUAACAACGAGUGUCUCUUCGUCGGCUCCAUGGCCGGCGAUUCGGCGCUCUAUAUCCUCGAUCACCUUCGCCCUCGCUCCUCUUCUGACGACGACAACGACGAUGGUCAUCAGCUUCCCUCGAGUUCAAUCAUCCAACCCGACAAAGCUGCCAAGAAUCAGUCGAGCCUCGACUUUGAUGAGGAUAUAUACGGCGACCGAACGGAGACGGACCCGGUCCGACGGACGGACCAUUCGCAGUUGUACGAUGACCGUCCGUCCAACGGGGCGGAUGAUGGGAGGCCCGGCGCUGGCGCGCAUUUGGCAGAGCCCUUCUUGCGACUUGGCGACGUCAUUCAGGCGCAUGGACCUAUUCGCGACUUCACUAUGGCUGCAACUGGGGUCGAAAAUAUGCCGCUCGAACUGCUCGCUUGUACGGGAACUGGUGAUUUGGGAGGAUUGACAGUCUUUCAUAGAGAAAUACCGCUACGGAAGAGGCGCAAAUUGAGCUUCGAGAGUCCAUCGGCUUCCCAUAUCAAUGCACUUUUCUUCACCUCGCUUGUGGUGGAAAGUGGUGGGUUAUCGGAGGAAAGAAAGGUGGUUUGGAUGGGCCGAUCGGGGCCCCGGACUGAGAUAGCAACGUAUGGAGAGUCUGGAGAGCUUUCGCUUAUCAACACUUUCCCUGAAAAAACACUCGCUGUUUCGCCAUUCUUUGGGAAACAAUUUGUGGUGCAAGUUACAAAUACUGCCAUCAAAUUAUUCACAUCUUCUCUGGAGGAAGUGCAAGUGAUUCAACCCGAACCGGCCGUCAAAAUCUUGCGUGCCAGCAUCGUGGACGAUUACGUGAUGUUGGAAACUCACUGUGGCUUGAAGCUGAUUUAUCAAGGCGAUCAUGACUCCAAAACUCUGAGCAAGUUGCCAUUUCCGCCAGAUACUGACGAAAUCGAGACUGCAAGUCUUUUGAAAGCCGCGUUACCCAUCCACACCUUCAAGCAUGCCGCCAAUCAUCAGUUUUUUACGAAGCGGAAAGCUGGUAAUGAAGACGACGAUCUGUAUAAUAACGGCCCAACUGACGCCAACGGCGAUGUCGAAAUGAACAACAAUGACGCAAACGAUCAGGAGCCCCACAAGCCACAGAAUCCAGACGUCUGCGGCGAUGCUUGUUGGCUCCUUACUACGACUAAAAAUGGAUGUUUCCAUAUUCGAAGUUUGCCGACACUGGCGAUUGUGUUCACAGCAACGAGGCUUGAUCUGUUGCCUGAAACGAUGGCUGAGGAGGAUAAGCUCGAGGGCGAUGCUCAGCCGGUGGAGCUUUUUGGAUUGGUCGACCAGGCUGCUCCGGUGGAGCCGAUUGCGCAUAUCUUUGGCUUCCUCACCGGCGCCAUCGCGUCCCGGCCUCAUCUUGCUGUGAUGCUCAAAAAUGGCGCAUUGGCGGUCUACGAAAUCCUCUGCUCGUUCACGAUUCCCUUGCGACUGUCCGAAAAGGAUGGCCAUCCUGCAGUCUUGCUCAAAAAAGUAAUCGGCCGUCAAUUCGAGGCUGUCGAAAAUGUGGACGAAGUGUCUGGUGUUGAAUCUGAGGACCAUGAGAUGGGACGGACCACCGAGAUCGACGAGCAAAUCAGUCCUCAAUCCAGGAGCUUUACAUCCAUACAGAUGGACGGAAAGUUCAAGGGGGUUUAUCUAGCGGGUCAGCCGCCGGUGUGGUUAUUAUCGACUGACCAUGGACCGUGUCGGAUCUAUGACUCUCCGGAUGAGAAGACUAUCCAUGGUAUCGCCCAGCUCCCUGACGGCUUUCUGAUGUCUCUGAGCGAGGCCUCCGUCCAAGAUGAGGAGCCGUCUCAGGCCUGCGACCCUGCAUCGCUCUGGGAGACCUACAUAUCGGAAUACGUCUGCUUGGACCGCGAAAUCCCGUCCACACUCGUCAAAACCGGCCGGCCAUUCAAUAAGGUCUUCUACGACUCCGCAUCUGAAACGGUCGUUGGGGCCUCCUAUCUCGAAACCGCUUUCGCUAACUUCGACGAGGAGGGCAAUCUUAUGUGGCAGCCUGAUGACGACUCGUUGAUCCGCGCGACCACGUUCAGAAGUUCGUUGGAAUUGAUCCUUCCUGGGAAAUGGGUAACCAUAGAUGGAUACGAGUUCCAACAGAAUGAGUGGGUGACGUCGAUGGCCAAUGUCGAGCUGGAUUCGCGGAGCACGGUUUCUGGGCGUCGGCAGUUCGUUGGGGUCGGCACUACUUGUAACCGUGCCGAGGAUCUUGCUGCCCGUGGUGGAAUUUACGUCUUCGAAAUUGUCGUCGUCAAUCCGGCCCAGAAUCAUCGCACUUAUAAUCGCGCUUUGAGGCUCCGCUAUUAUGAGGAAACUAAAGCUUGCGUGACUGCCGUCGACGCGAUUAAUGGAUAUUUCCUUCAUACUAUGGGACAAAAGUUGUAUGCGAAAUGUUUCGAGCAGGAUGAGAGACUGUUGGCGGUAGGCUUUCUGGACAUCAAGCCUUAUACGACGUGCAUGCGAAUUUUCAAGAACUUCAUCUUGUUAGGAGAUGCGGUGAAAGGGAUCACGUUGGUAGCGUUCCAAGAAGAGCCGUAUAAGUUGAUCGAAUUGGGCCACACUUACGUCGAUCUGAAAUGCUCGACAAUCGAUUUCUUGGUCAUCGAUGGGAAAUUGGCUAUCGUGGCCACCGAUCUGAACGGGGUCAUUCGGAUCUUCGAAUAUAAUCCAACCAAUAUUGAAUCUCAGGGCGGUCAGAAGUUGCUCUGUCGAUCCGAGUUUAAUACCUCUAGUGAAAUGACAUGUUCGAUGCAAUUUGGAAAACGCCUUUCGGCGAAAGAUGAAGCGAAAGUCAUGGGCACCUUCUUCGCGAGUUUGGAUGGCUCGAUCAGCUCGUUAGUGCCCGCCAAAGAGGCGGUGUAUAAGCGUCUGCAACUAGUCCAAACCCGACUCACCAGACACAUCCAACAUUUUGCGGGCUUGAAUCCCAAAGGACACAGGACGGUCAGAAACGAUCUCGUCUCUAGGGCUAUCAAUCGCGGCAUCUUGGACGGCGAGUUGCUCAUCAAAUUCCACCUCCUCUCCGUCACUCAACAGGCCGAAAUCGCCGGGCUUGCUGGCUCGGAUCGCGAAACCGUCUUGGUCAAUCUUCUCAACUUGAGAGGCUUGUGGUAACUUCUCUUGUUUUUUUUUGCCCCUCUUUGCUUUUCCAUUAUUUAUUUAUUUUUUCUUAAUCACUGUGGUCUUCUUGCUCUCUUUUUUAUCAUUGUAUUUGGGAACUUGGUUUUUUUUGGGUUUUUUUGGUUUUGUCUUUGGUCUCCUUUUUGAAGAUUAAAUUCGCACCGAACGUGGUCCGUUUGUAAUUUGAUGCUGUAUCUAUGUACAUAGCUCCUCUCUAAAUCUAAUCCGAACAUCUUGAUCACGACUGUUUUACACAUGGAUGAUAUCAGUAUGCAACCAGAUGGUGAGAUCUGGACCGC